AAAUCAGGGAUUACCGUCGAGUGAUUUGAAGGGACUAACGUCACAUUCACACUCACUUGAUCCAUGAACUUAGAUUAAUGCAAUAAUAUUUCGGUGCCAAAAUCAUCCAUUUUUUCACAAGCUUCAAUGUAUUUCAUCAUGCUCCCUUGCUCAUCUAUUUCCCCCUCUCAUGCAUCCAUCCUGCUGACAGGCAACAAUCGCACACAAUAGUAAAUCUCGCUGACAGUUAACCUCUGCCUGCUCCAUAAGCUGUGCUUCUGUCGCACAUACAUCACGGUACAAGGCCGCACUCGGCAUGUCAGGUGUAUCUCCACAAAGGGUCUCAGUCUGUACCGUAUACUGCAUGUCACCGAGGACAGCCCACCGAUGACGAACUGAACGCCCCGUGAUCCCGCCUCGACAGCUGCGGCCGGGGCACGGAGCGGCCGACCCGACCGGCGCCGGGCACUCGGCACUCGGCACUCAGAGGCGCGGAGAGACGGCACAAUGGGACGACAGGAGACAGCAGUGGCUGUGGCGCUGGUCCUGGCCCUCCUGGCUGGCGCUCAGGCCGAGGUGGCCACCGUAGUCAGCAGCCCUCUCUCGAUCGCAGCCUUCAAUGUGCAGCGCUUCGGACUGACCAAGAUGGACAAACCGGAGGUCAUGGAGCUACUGACCCGGAUCCUGUCGCAGUAUGACAUCACGCUGGUGCAGGAGAUUGUCGACAUCUCGGAGACGGCCAUCCACAACCUGACGGAGCGCGUGGCCGAACACACCGGGCUGCCCUACCGGGUCAGCCUCUCGCCCAGGGUCGGCCGCAACUCGUACGAGCAGUACGGCUACGUCUAUAGGUCGGACCGAGUGCGAGUCGUGUCGGAACAGAUGUACCCCGACGCCACCGACGUGUUCGCCAGGGAGCCGUACAUCGUCACCUUCGACGUGGAUGACGUCAGGCACUUGUCGCGGCUCACUCUGGUCGGUAUCCACACUCAGCCGAGUAAGGCUCCCGAGGAGAUUGACGCUCUAUCGGACGUGCUCGACUACGUGGAGUCGCAGCUGGGGGCACAGAACGUGGUGCUGCUGGGUGACUUCAACGCCGGCUGCAGCUACGUCACGGGCGCCGAGUGGGCCGUGAACCGGCUGAAGGGCCGCGGGGACGUGACCUGGGCCAUCGCCGACUACACGGACACCACCGUGCACGCCACCAACUGCGCCUACGACCGGAUUGUGCUGAAGGGCACGGAGCUGAGCAGUGCCGUUGUGGAGGGCAGUUUCGGUCCGUUCCGCUUUGACGAGGAGUGGGGUAUCGCGGAGGAGCUGACCGAGGACACGUCCGAUCACUACCCCGUCCAUAUGAAGCUGAAGCCAAAGACGCUGUCAGCGGCGGAGCGCUACCUCUACCCUCUGGAGGUGUUUGCCGUCACGGACAAGCGCGGAGUGUCGUCCGGUGAGGUCGAGGUCCUGGCCACGUCGAGCGACACGGCCUCAUACAAUGUGCUGCCGCUGUACGACUCACAGGGCGCGCUGCAAAAGGUUUUGGCAGAGUACAAAUCGUACAAGCUGUCUGGUGAGGGAAUCCUGGACACACUCCUAGCGUUCCAGGAGAAAUUCCCCUCAAUCGUCACUGACUAUGACCUGGGUCUGCUCCGCUACAAGAUCGCCGCCGGCGGUUACUCGGACCCGACCGUGUACGAGGCUGCCUCCAGUCCGCGCUGGUUCUGCCGCAUCACCUGCUCCGUUGAGACGUCCGGCACCUGCAUGGUCGCAGUGGAGAAACGCACCCUGAUCGCCUAAACGAACGGUCCUGUGACGUCACUGGUGGAAGUGACGUCAUCGGAAAACUAUCCCACCGACGAACGAUGUGACGAAGCGAUGUUGACCCUUGUUUUGUUUGUUAGUGUUGGUGAUCGGAUAUCUGGAGAUGGGCAUAACUGUGGCAUAUUAUGUUAAAAAGAAAAGGCACCUGGAGAGUUGCUGCACCACAAUGUCGGGAGCGUACAGAAACAUUGGGUAUUUAUAUGUUUGUAUAUUUUAAUAACGUUUUAGUUCGGGGCACAUUCAUGAAAUACACGAUUCAGCUGUAA